CAAACCAUGAAAUUCCUAAUCAUUGCCGUACUAAUUGCCUCGGUCUACAUGGUGGCUGCCAGACCAGCUGAUGAAGAAACGAAAUAUACUACGAAAUAUGACAACAUUGAUGUCGAUGAAAUUUUGAAAUCGGAUCGUCUCUUCAAUAACUAUUACAAAUGUUUGAUUGAUCAGGGCACCUGUACUCCCGAUGGUCGUGAAUUGAAGAAUACCCUACCCGAUGCCCUGCAAACGGAAUGCAGUAAAUGUAAUGAGAAACAGAAGGCCAAUGCUGAUAAAGUUAUUCGUUACAUUAUUGAAAAUAAACCAGAGGAAUGGAAAUCGUUGCAAGAGAAAUACGACCCGGAACAUGUCUACUACAACAAAUAUAAGGAUGAAGCAGAAAAGCGUGGUAUUAAAUUGUAA